GAACUACAGAAGGGCACUACAAUUAUUCAUAAGCUCCAUCCUUCUGACCUGAUCAAAAUCAGGAACUGCCAGCACACAGAGAAGAGUCAGUGAGGGAGAGCUGCAUGCCUGAGACCAUUUUACAUUACAGAAUGGAGGGUUGUGUCAUUUCAUCAUCAUCAGACGAAAUUGUUGCAUACGAUCAAGUUUUCCGGCCACAGUAUGAUUUUUUCCCCUAUAUAACCAGUGAUCCAGAUGGUCAUAUGGAGAGUGCAUGGGACUAUCACACUGAGCACACUCACCAAAGUGAGCUGGAGGUCCCUUCGAGUAGUCACUUCACCGAGCUACACCCUGCCACAUACUACUACAGUGACAUGGAGUCUUACCACCCACCUCUGGAGUCAGGCCUGGGGGCUUUUGUGCCUGUGGUCACACCUCAGUUUGCGUAUGUCCCUCACCCAGUGUUCCAGCGCUCUCCUCCUGCCCACUGCAGCACAGACGACGAGGACGCGGGGGCACGCAGUCCACCAUUCGAGGUGUCUGAGGGAGAAGAGGAUCAUGACUCACACCUUGCUAGCACGUCCACUAGCAUAACAGGCAACAAAAGAAAAAUGCGUCUUUAUCAGUUCCUUCUGGAGCUGCUCAGAGACGGGGAUAUGAAAGAGUGCAUUUGGUGGGUGGACAGAGAGAAAGGCACCUUUCAGUUCUCUUCCAAACACAAGGAGAUACUGGCCAGUCGCUGGGGCCAGCAGAAGGGCAACCGCAAGAGAAUGACCUAUCAGAAGAUGGCUAGGGCCCUGCGCAACUACGGCAAGACAGGAGAGGUUCGAAAAAUCAAGAAGAAACUGACCUACCAGUUCAGUUCCGAGGUGCUGAGGAGAAUGCCGACAGAGAAAAAAUAUCACUGAGAGAGGAUUCCCACUGCUCUUGGCCGCAUGAUGACCACAGAGGCAGGUCUUUUUCCCCUCUACUUUUUCCUCAGGGACUCCACAUACACUAUAUCUAGGACAUGUUAUAUCCAUGGGGUGUGUUUUAAGAUUUUGGUUCCUUCUGCACUCAAACCAUGGAAACUAAAAUAUUUUUGAGAAUGAUUGACAGUAUGACAAGUUCCACAUUUUUUGAGAGGUUUAAAGGUUUCUUUGUGGAUUGUUAGUGAAACGGGAAAUCUACCGUUAACAGCGGUUGAAUAUCUCCGUGUGGACGAGGGAACUUGGUGUGUACUGCCCCCUAUAGGUUUAACAUACACACUGCACAAACAAAAGCCAUAAGAAUCUUUUACACAAUCCUGACUAUUCACCCUCUCUGAUCAAUAACGCAUAAACAGUAAUAACACAGAAGAACCGGUUAUAUAUAUAUAUAUAUAUAUUUUAUUUAUACGUUAUGACACAAAUAUACAUAAAUACACACACAUACAAUAUAUUUUAUAUAUAUAUAUAUAUAUAUAUAUAUAUAUAUAUAUAUAUAUAUAUAUAUAUAUAUAUAUAUAUAUAUAUAUAUAUAUAUAUAUAUGUGUAUAUAUUCCAAAUUGAAUGGCCUUUGUGGUGGCUUGCUGACAUUUAAAAUGAAAGAAGGAAUCCUAUUUUAAUAAAAGUGUAUAUUAAAUGUCAUUGUUAUUUGAACAAAUGUUUCAUUAUUGUUGUUAACACAAGUGUGUGUACACAGGCUGCAUUUCUAACCCAUCAAUAGGACUGGGAUUCGAUUACUUAUCAGUUAUUUCACUUUAAAGAGUGUUUCCAGUGUUGUAUAUAAAACAGUACAUCAGUAAGAAGAUGAAUACAUUUCAGGGAGGUCACUUGUGCUGUUCUUGCGAUGGCAUUUGCAUUGUUUGGAAAAUUAGAGUCCCCAGAGCAGUUUGCUUGAUUACAUUAUAGACAGUCUAAAAUAAAGCUAACAGUUUAGAGCAGCAUCACAUUCUUACUGUUUAAAAAAAAAAAAAAGAGGUAGAGAAACCAGCCCUGCUGUGAUGCACAGCUGAAAUACUCUUACUAAAUAAAGGACAAGUUACUCACCAAAAAUACUAAAAUGAGCAUACAGAGCGUUAUGCCUUAAAGUGUUCCCAGAUGAGUGUUUCACCAAAACCCACUCAAAAAAUAGAAUUCUUUUUAGAUACAUAAAAUCGUUAGCAAAUUGUUAGCUAUACACACAGACUGUAAUUAAGGCCUGCUGGAUUGUGUAUAGUGACUUUAAGUACAUUCCUACAGGGAACAUGAUUAAGAGGUCUAUGUAGAUUUAGGUUUAAGCUGAGGUCCAGUUUAACCCCCAGCAGGAGAAUGCUGUUUCUGGUUCUCUGAGAGUUACUAAUACAGAGUCCCAAGAGAUGUGUACGUGUUUCACCACUGUAUUAUUAGCUAUUGGCUACAUCUGCCUGUCUCAUCCAGGUCUCUUCUUCAAUCCCACUGUCAUACUCCUCCUCUGAGGUCUCUUUAUUUAAAGCUCUGUUCCUGCACACACACACACACACACACGAUAAAAAAAUCAUUCUGUCUUUGUCUGUCUUUUAAGAAACAUUCAGUAUAAUGAGAGUACCAGCAAAAAAAAAAAAAAAAAGAAAU